AUGACAGAUUCUUUGUCUCCAGUAGUUGACGGAAGUUUCGAUUUCGAUGAUGCCGAUUUGAGCUUCGGCUCUGUCGAUGCCAAUUUCGCGAAAGGCUUGGACAACUUGGAAAAGAAUGUUUCGUCUUUUUUUCAGGAUAAAUCCACACAGCCUACCUCUUCAUUUCAAAAUUCUACCAAAGACAAUGGAAAUAGUACGAGAGAAUUGAACCCUGUGGACGAUAAUAAAUUCGCUUUUAAUGUAUCCCGGUUGUUGAACAAUGAGGAAGCUACAAAUGGAAGGAAAAUUCCUGAUGCAACUGAUACGAAAUCCGUUAGGAACAGGCGUAAUAAUCCACGGUGGCCUCCUAAUGCACCCUCAAGAAAUACUCAAAUGACAUUAAAAGAGCAAGAAAGGGUGAUUGACGAAAUCAAAAAGGAAAACUUUAGUUUAAAAAUGAAAGUUUAUUUUUUGGAAGAACGUGUUAGUAAGAUGGGUCCUGAUGAAAUGGAAAGAGCUUUAAAAGAGAAUGUGGAAAUUAAAAUGCAAAAUCAUGAAUUGAAUGUUACUUUGAAAGAAAGGAAUAAAUUACUAUUGGAUGCUGAGAAAGCGAUCCAAAUGCUUCAUCAAUCCGGUACUACAUUACAAAAUGGAACUUCACCAUCAGAAGAAGCCGAACUGGAAUUACAGAGAGCUCGUGAUACUAUUGAUGAAUUACGUAAGGAAAGAGAUGAGGCUCAACGUAAAAUUGUUGAACAAAAGGAAGCAAUUAAACGGUUACGCGAAACUGUAAAGAGAAUAAAACCAGAUGGUAGUUCUGAUUUUGAUUCUAUGGAUUCAUUCGAUUCAAGACAGUCAACGCAAAAUUCAGAGUUACAACAUUACAAAGAAUUAUUACAAAAAGAAAGGGAGGAAAAACAAUACAUUUCAAACGAAGCAAAUGGACUUAGACGUCAAUUGCUUGAUGUUAAAAAACAAAUGCAAGGAACGAAUGUUGAAUUAACGGAAUUGAAAAGAUUGCAGGAAGACACUAUAAAAAAUUUUGAGGGAUUACAAAAUGGCGAUGAGGAAAUUGUUGAUAAUCGUGAAAUGAUGAAAAGGAUUAAAGAUACUGCAGAUAAAGCGAGACGGGAAGAAGCAGAAAAACAUAGUGUAAUAAUACAGCAGUUGAAAGUGCAAAUCUCCAACCUUAAAGCAUUUAAACAUGAGAACGAGGCCGAGUUGGAAUUGAUUAGAAGUCGUCCUAUGAGCUCAGCAUCUUCGCGUGGAGAUAUUUCUUCGCGUAUUAUGAAUGGAGAGUUUAGCGAUCAAUAUGAAGAGAACCUUGGCCUUUUACGAGAUAAGGUAGCCGAAUUAACACUUCAACUUCGUAACAAGUCCACGGAAGUCGAUCACCUUAUAAUAGAGUUAGAAACUGCUAAUGUAGCAAACCAAGACCUUGAGGAGGAUAUGGACCGAAUGGAAUCUGAAUUGAAAGAAUAUAUAGAUAGACUCUUAGAAGAAUUAGAUAUAUGUCAUCAAGAUAAUGAGCAAUUAGUAGCAGAACUUAAUGCUGUGGACCAUGAUCAUAAAGAGGAUUUGUCUCACACUCAAGAGACAAUAGCUGAUUUAAAACUUCAGUUGGACAAUCAUAAACGUGAGAUAGACGAAUUAACGCAGUCUCUUGACAAGACACGAAUCGAAUUGGAACUUAAGACCAAGAACAUUGAACAUGAUGAGAAAAUACAUGUAGAAUUAAUUUCAGAUUUGAAAGAGAAACUCAGCAUGAAUGAAGUUAAAGUAACGGAAUUGUUAGCCGUAAAAGAUUCAACCGAUAAACAACUAGACCUGCUUCGCCAAGAGGUUGAAAAUUAUUCUACACAGAUUGAAGAAAUGAAGAAGGACCUGGAUUAUGAGAUUGAACAGCGUAAUGCAACCGAGUCGCGUGAGAAAGAAUUAACAGCUGAAAGAAACAGGGAAAGAGAAUUGUAUGAAAAAGAGAUAGAUAAAGCACGCAAAUAUAAAAAAGAGAAUGAGAAACUUAAUGAUCAAAGAUUAAAUGAGCUAAUCGAGAAAUUGUCCGCUGCAGAACAACAAAUGUCGGAUUUAAAUAUGACAAUUCAAGAACGCGAUGCCGAUAUUCAAUAUGCUAAUCAACAAUUAAGUAAUCAGACAAGUCGAACAAAGGAGGCAGCUGAACGUUAUGCGAGAGAACAAGAAAGAUUGAGAGUGGAAUUAGAUACAAGUCGACAUGAAUCCGAACGUUUGCGCACUCUUCUUGAAAACCUUGGUGAUAAAUUAGAGAAUCAGAAGAACCAAAUCGUUGAAUAUGAAAAUGAGAUGAAACAUUUGAAUAAUCAACGAACAAAGUUGAACGAAAAGUUAUCAUCUAGUGAAAAUGCACGUGCUAAAGCUGAAGAAGUUUUCAGAAAUCUACAAAUGGAUGUUCGAGAUAAAAAUUCCACAAUUGAUGAGUUAAAAGCUCAAGUAGCUCACUUGGAAAAUAAUCUUACACAAGAGAAAAAGGCCACGUAUUCGAAUGAAACUCAAUAUCUUGAGCGUAACACGCUUUUAAUGACUACCUACCAAUAUUUGGAUAAUAUAAUGUCAGAUGGCACAAACAAACAAUCCAAUUAUCCAAAACCUUCAGCCAACUUUGCUCUUUUCCAUGAGCACCUUUUAUCCAAGCUCAAGACUCUCAGUCAUGUAUAUAACACCUUUGAUCGACGUAUAAAAGAAAUUGAUAAUCGUUGGCAAGAACAAUAUGAGUCUCUCAAGAACCAGAUGGAUAUAAAAUUACGUUUAUUAAAUAAAUUUGAAGGCAUGGUUCAGAAGGCUACUGUAGCUCAAAAAGAUUGGAGAGAUCAAGCUAAAAGAAACCAAGGAGAACUUGAGGCUGCAAAGAAUAUAAAUGAAGAGCUUACGGAUAAAUUAUCAGACAUGCGCGAACAGCUUGAUGAGCUUAAAUCUUCUAACGCUCGUGCUGAAGAAGCCGAAAGUAAACUGAAAGAGACUGAACGUCAUGCAAGAAUCCUGGAAUCUAAGAUUAAAGAAGAAGAAAGGAAAUGGACAGCACGAUUGAAAGAUUUAGAAUACCGAGAAAAUCAAUCCGAAGAAAGGCUUAAAGUCGAAAAGCAAAGUGCCAAAGAAAAAGUUGAAUCAUUAGUUGAAAAUAUCAAGGGUUUUGAGACACAAAUACAAGCAUUAAACAGAAGAAAUAAUGAAUUACAAGAAUUAAUUACUAUUCAAAAAGCUUCUAUGGAGGCGGCUAAUGAAAAUAAGACUAUAACGGCAAAAGCGGAGCAUACAUUUUCUAUGCUUAAUGAACAACUCUGCGAGCAAUUAGAGGAAAAAAAUAAAUCUAUUGAAUCGGAGAGACUAAGAUUUAAGGAAUUACAAGAUCAGGCUCAAAUCGAAAAACGAGAAGCAAUGAUCAAUAAAGUUUUUAGCGGAUUACAAAUAAUUAAUCAACGCAAAGAUUUGAUCGAAAGUGUUGUUUUACGUAAAGAUCUCGAAGAAAUGCAAAAUAGUUUAAUGUUAGAUGAUAGUCAGAAACGAAUUGUAUAUCAUCCACCGACAUUUAUUAAUCCACCAUGGAAACCUGGUGGUCUGAAUACACGUGCAUCUAAAAAAAAUAAAGAGAGAUCAUCAUCAAAGAUAUCGUCGAUUCCUACAUAUUCGACUUUGAAAUCAAGGAAUUUACCGAAAUCCGGAAUACCAACAAGACAAUCGUCGAAUGACAAACAUAACGCAAAUAUAACUCAUAGAGCUACAUCAAGCAAGGAAACAAAAUAA